AAGAAGAACUUGUGCAUCUGUCAGUACAAGCAUUCAGUUAUUCUCCGUGUGUCAAAGCAGAAGGAAUCCUGGUCUGAUUUCUUAAGCGCCGUUGUGGCAUGUAAAACGUAAUGGGGAGUUUUAAAACGGUUUGGGUAAAGUGGCCCAAUCGAUUCCGGAUCUGCAUUGAAUGUUUAAGUAAAGGAGGGGGUUGGUUUUGAUGUUGCCGGGAUGCUAGUUGUUUUCUCUAUUAAUACCCUUGACUUGCAUUCUAGCUUCGCCAUUCAGAGACAGGCGUCGUGUGGUGGGUUGUGUGCUAUCAAUAGUGAAGACAGAUAGUGCCAGAGACCCUUAACCCAUCCAAUCUCACCCAGGGUGUAGGUCGGUCUCCUUUCAGACUUCUUCACCAGCCUCUCUCCCUUCCUCCCUUCCAUUUCCUUUUAUAAAGAGUGACUUAAGUUGACCUCUGAUAAAGCUUCUGACAUUGUCUCAAUCAAUGAAGCUGGAGAAGAUUAGGAAGCCAAAGUUGGCACGAAGGUAUUGAAGCAGAUUUGCAGCCACUUUGCCUGAGACUUUGACAGUACAAGGUCUGGUGUCCCCCUGUCUUUCUUCUUCACUGACUCUGGGAAGUCCCCUCGCCCAGUAAUUGGGAGGAAUGGUAGCCACCCAAAAGAAAGAAACCGAGAUCCCUAGAGGUUGCUUGUCUGGGGCAUUGCCUUUGGAAUGGACCUGCCCUGACCCCUGUUUUAGGGGAUGCAUUUCCUCUUUGGUCUCCUGAACAGUGAAGAUACGUGGCAAAUGCCUGCCAUGCUUCCUCCAUUGGCUGCUUGUGCACAUAUUGUUUUGCAUGGAAAUGCUCAGAAGGACACCCAGGGCGCCAGGCCCUGCCAUCCCUACGUGCUGGGGAAAAGCAGCUGCAGUAUCUUCUUAUGGCUAGGCUUAUGCUUAGCACAUUUUAAAAUCUGGUGCCUUUGAAGGCCUCCCUCUCAGAGUGCCCUGAAUUCUCCCAGAGAAUGAAAUGCUCAUGCAGUAAACAAAUGCUUUAAGCUUUGCCUAAAGAUAGCAAUUUUCCCUGUGCCUCCAAAGGGCCUAUGAAAGGCAGAUGGUUUUUUUAAAAAUAAAUGUAAGCCUUCCAAGAGGGAAGAAGACUAUUACAGUUUAUCUAGCAACCUGACCAGCUUCUCUGCUCCUGAUUCCUGAGCUCUAAGAUCUCAAUCUCAUUGCUAUAAAAAUGCACUGGGAGUCUAGAUUAUACACCUGGUCUCUGGAAAGCAGUGAAGGCAUCUGUGAACAAGGCUCAGUAAUGUUUGGAAGCCACUCUGGUUCCAUAGUUGUAAUACGGAACAGGUGCUUUUUGUAUUCGACUCUGCUGUUUUGUUUUGCUGUCUGCUUGCCUAGAGCCAGAGUAAUAACCUGAACAAUGCUACUAAAAUUGCUACCGUGCCCUUUUAAAUUACACCGUUUGUUUCAGUUGCAGACGGAUAGUAUGAGAGCACCAAGAUCUUUGGAGGAUUUAAUGAUAAAUAAUUAACCAUUUUAUUGCCACAGUACUCAUAAAAAUAUUUGGCACAUGAUUAUAAUCGUAAAAAAGGAUUUGGUGGCACUUAGCUAUGUUGGUAUGUAAUCCCGCAUUUCACAGAAUGCAUAACACUAACCCACCCAGCUUCAGUUUUAUUAAUAAUGCAGUUUUGAUCCUAGAAAUUAACUUAUGCCCUAGAAAUAAUAUUAAACAUUGGACUGCCCUGUAUGCACCUGUAUUUUAACAGUGGGAGAUGGAGGUUUCCGAUAACUCUUUUCCCAGAUCCAGCCAAUUUUUGGACAUAAUUCUUCACGAAUAUCAGGUUUGAAGAGACAUUUUGACUCUCCUGCUUUGGGAUUAAUUUGUUUUUGAAGCUGCUUUAGCAUCAACUGAUCAGUCAAGGUUGUGCUCUGGCAUAGUAAAGAUGAAUUCACGUAACGCCCAAUAGUUCUGCCAUAUGAAAAGUGAGCACUCAUUCUCUGCUGAGGUGUAUUCAGUCCCUUAAAAUGAAGUCUCCUCGCAAACUUCAAAUACAGCAGGAGGAUAUCACUCUCUUUUCUGCUUAAUCCCCGUACAGGUAGUCCUCGAUUUACAACCACAGUUGGGACUGGAACAUAUCUGUUGUUAAGCAGCAUAGUCAUUAGGUGACUAAUCAUCCUGAUUUUGCAACCUUUUUGCAUUGUGAAUCAUGUCAUUAAGUGAAUCUGGCUGCCCCAAUGGAAUUUGCUUGUUGGAAGUCCCCUUGAAAGAUUUUUAAGUGGCGAUAUUCUGGUCCCGGUGAAUACCUGCCAAUUGCCAAGCAGCCAAAAUUUUGAUCAUGCGACCGCAGAGAUGUUUCAGUAGUCAUAAAUCACUUCUUCUGAGCUUUUCUAACUUCAAGUGGUCGUUAAACAAAUGGUUAUAAAUUGAGGAAUACUUGCAUAUUAUAAUUACUGUGCUUAAUUGAAGUAACUAAACUUGCUCAUUUUUUUAAGCUUUGAAAGCCUUUAAUUUAUAUCUUGACAUAGUUUAUUAUAAAAUCAAGCAAGCAGUUUGUUUUAUUUGCCCUAACCUGGGACACAAGGCUAACAAAAUUUUACAAAAACAAAGCUGGAUCUCUUGAUUUCCUUUGUGUAUAAGCAAAGUCAUUUUUUUUCCCGUUUCAAAUAUCAUGUAAAAUAAUAUUUUGGAGAAGUUACUAUUUAUUUGUAAUAUGCUUCUCACUUUGUGUUAAUAUUGUUUAAUAAACUUUAAUAAUCAUUGUGUUUCUUGGAAAGAUUUUUAUUUUCAUGUGAAUUCCCUCUGUAGGGAAUUAAUCUGGCAUAAUGGUACUAAUAUGGAUUUGGGUGUUUGUGCUAAUUCCCCCUUUUAAGGAAGGAAACGGGUUGUCCUUUUCCAAAGGUGACAGUCUGUAUCUCACUUAACCCGCAAAUAAAAAUGGAUGCUAGGCUAACAGACUGGUCAAAACACCCCAGUCAGCAUUUUGAACAGUUUACAUCAGAGAUGAGUUAAUCGCCCUUCUUGCUCUUCUCUUACGUAGAAAUUACAAGAUUGUUCACAUUUUGCAUGGGUUUUCCAACUUGUAGAAAGUAUUGUUUAUGCCAAUGCAAGUUUACGGCAUUCUUUCUGCAUGUAUUUCAUAAUUCACACAGAUUACCUAAUCAAAGUAAGCUGAAUAGCUGAGUGAGUGAACACUUAAAAUAUACAUUUGCUCCGUUUAAUAAAGAUCACUUUAGAAAUGUCAACUUAUUCUAACUCAAAAGUGGCUGCAAAUCAGCAAUUAUAGUCACUGAAACAGUUUUUAAUUUUUCUAAGGAAAGCACUGCAUUAAUGCAUGAUAUAAAAGAUUUUUUUUAUAAUUAAAAUGCAGUUUUGAAUGACUGAAUUUUCCAAUUUCAACCACUGCAUUUGUUGAGGCACAAGCUGGAAAAUGGAACUGGUAUCAAUCCGCGCUCUAGAUUUUUUAGCAAUUAUCUGGCAAUGGAAUGAGGGAUCCGGAGGUUCCCUCACAGAUAAGGUUCCUCUGAAUUAAAGCUAAAGUAGAAGAUUGAUAUGAUUUAAUCUGUAUUUCUUCCAUUUUUGAUGAUGUAUUAGUAUUUUCACUCAAAGUGACCCCAAAGUUAGAUAGCCAAGAUAAUCAUUUAUUUAUUUUUGGAAUAAUUGUUUUUAAAAGAUUGUAAUACUUUUAAAUAAUCAGACUAAAAGCUGAGUAUACACACUGCACUAAUUGCAUUUGAGGCCAGUAGCUCAUAAAAAGUAUUCUUUGCUUUAAGAAAAAUAUUGCUCAUUUGUUUUCCUUCUAGAGAGGGCCCUGCUCUCAAUUCAACGCUUCUGCAAUUUAACUGAUUUGUAAGACAAGUUCACGUCCCAAGUUAAGCUUUGUUUUAGUUCUGGAUUUCAGAGCAUUUCUGGGCAUCUCCAGAGGUGUUUUAGAGCCCAUUGAACACUUGAGCAGUUAUCUUGUUAUCCAAGAAGAUUUUGGGGCCUGUGGAGUUCCUGCAUAAUCCUUUCAUUUGCAGGAACCUGUCUUGCCCCUUCCCUUGACAGGGGCUGCUCAGGCUGAGUUCCUCAUUCUUUCUUCCAGCUUGAAGAAUGUGGAGCUGCUUUUGGCUGAGGAAGGGAUCUCUGCCUGACCCCCCCACCCCCCUCCAAGGGCAUUGAUUCUUUCAGGACCAGGGCAGUCCUCCAGGUUAAAACCUUAGCCGAUGCUUUUUUUUUUCUUUUUUGGAAAAUUCCUAAAAGACAGUUGGUACCAGUUCCAUUUGUUGCUCUUCAGUUAUUUUACAUUUCAUUUCUCAUUUGAUAAUUGAUAUCUGGAAUAAUCAGCAGCUCUCUUCUUCUCAUUUAUUUUCUCAUAUUUUUAUUCCAGGAUUUUGCCUCUGAAGCAGGGAGUGUCUGCAUUAAAAAUGACCUGCAGUUCUCUGCUUCAUAGAUGCUUCUUCAGCUCCCUCUUCCUCCGUGGGCGGUGCUUGCAGCUCCUUUACCACCUCUUCCGGCCCCACCAUUUACUCUACCUCAGUCACUGACAGCAAAGCUAUGCAAGUGGAGGGCUGCUCCUCAGCCAUGGGGAACCUCAGAAGUCCCCAAGGUGGCUGGAGGGAAGAAGAGCCCUCUGUUGUGUGGUCAGUACCUGAGCAAAAGUGAAGGCAAAGAGCUGAAGAUCCUGGUACAGCCGGAGACUCAACACAGAGCUCGCUACCUCACUGAGGGCAGCCGAGGCUCAGUGAAAGACAGAACCCAGCAAGGAUUCCCCACCGUCAAGCUGGAAGGUCACAACGAUCCUGUGACGUUACAGAUAUUUGUGGGCAAUGACUCUGGCCGGGUGAAGCCCCACGGAUUCUAUCAGGCCUGCAGGGUGACAGGGCGGAACACCACGCCCUGCAAAGAGGUGGACGUCGAGGGCACGACUGUCAUCGAAGUAGGCCUGGAGCCCAGCAACAGCAUGACGCUGGCGGUGGACUGUGUUGGGAUUCUGAAGUUGAGGAAUGCAGAUGUCGAAGCCCGAAUAGGCAUUGCUGGUUCUAAGAAAAAAAGCACUCGAGCCAGACUGGUUUUCCGUGUCAACAUCCCGCGGAAAGAUGGUUCUGUUCUAACGCUACAGACUCCGUCCUCGCCUAUCCUGUGCACUCAACCUGCAGGCGUGCCGGAGAUCCUCAAGAAAAGCCUGCACAGCUGUUCAGUGAAAGGAGGAGAGGAGGUCUUUUUGAUCGGGAAGAAUUUCCUGAAGGGAACCAAAGUGAUCUUCCAAGAGAACAUCUCUGAUGAAAGCUCCUGGAAAGCCGAGGCAGAAAUUGACAUGGAGCUGUUUCACCAGAAUCAUCUAAUUGUGAAGGUGCCACCUUACCAUGACCAGCAAAUAACUACACCCGUUUCUGUUGGGAUUUUUGUCACGACCAAUGCUGGGAGAUCACAUGACAUACAACAAUUUGCAUACACUCCAGAUACAUCAGCUGAGACUCUGAAUGUGAAUGUGAAGCAGGAAAUAUCCAGCUCAACCCAGCCCUGCUCUUUUGAUGAUGUAGCCAAAGUAAACUCCAGUGGUUGCAAGUUGGACCAAGUAAACCUUCUCCCCAGUGCCUUGGUAACUCCUCUCAGGCCAAACAGUAUCGUUAAGAAUGAAGAGGCUGCUCCAAUGGAACUUUUGGCUGAGAAAAUGUCUCUUCCUGCCUUUAAUACAACCAGCGCCAUCGGGCAGUCUCAAACAACUUUGGAAACCACCAUAUCCAGCCUCUUGGGGAGUGGCCCAUUCUCCUCUUCUGCUUCUCAUUUAGCUCCAGAGAGCGAAAAACAGCCCCCGCAACCACAGUACCCUCCUGACCCCAGGCCUGCCCUUCAGGCUCCGGACCUGGUGCAGUCCGGCAGCUUUGCAGCCGCCUCUGCUCCGAGCCAGCUGCAGAACAGUGACAGCCUCCUGCAGCAGGCCUCCCAGUUCCCCUUGAGGGAAGCUUCCUCCAGAGAGGCUUUGCAGUCGGACAGCACAGCCAUGGCUUUGUCCCAGCUGACGGAGGCUCCCCAACAGCCGCCUCCCCUUCAGGAGUCCAGCCAGGCACUGCAGCAGCAGCAGCAGCAGCAGAUCUCCUCCAGCAUGUUCUCCUCGGCCGGCGGGGUGAGCCAGCUCCAGAGCACAAUCCAGCAGCUGCAGGCGGGGAGCUUUCAGUCCAGCCCCGGGGACGGCGGAGGUGGCAGCAGCAGAAACAUUGACCUGGUUCAGCAAGUGCUGGAAGCUCAGCAGCAGCUGUCCUCCGUCCUCUUCUCAGGCUCCGAGGGCGAGGAUGUGCAAGAGCAGCUCAACGCAGAGAUCUUCCAGCAGGUCAGCCAGAUCCAAAAUGGAGUCAACCAGGGCAUGUUUCCUUCCGCGGACACCGUCCACUCGAGGGCAGAAGACCUCCUCCCCAGCCGAAGCGAGAUCAUGCGCCCACAGCCGGAGGCUUCGUUGGCUGGGCAGCAGCAGGCGCAGCAGCAGGCGCAAGCGAUGGAGACGUCUGCUGCGAUGGUGAUUGACAUGCAGCAAGGCCUUUGCCAGGCCCCCAGCCGCAUGCCGUCCGACCUGUUCGCCUCCUCUUCCUCCUCCUCCUCCUCCUCUUCCUCCUCGGGAAAUGGGAGCAUCCAGCAGUCCCCAGUUUACACGCCAACUUCCCAUUUGAUAGGCGGGCUGUCAGCAAGCGAAGACAUGCAAAUGCAGUGUGAGCUGUUCUCCCCCAACAGCGUCCCCAACAGCGACGCGGCCACCCCAGGGCAGGAGCAGGUGCCCGCCGGCGGCCCUGCCCUCUUCCCUGCUUCAGGCUGCUCUGCGGAAGGCAAAGAAGCCUCCGGACAAGCCAAGCAGAUGCAGAGCACCGUCUUUCAGGCCAUGGUCCAAAUGCAGCACAGUGGGGAAGGCCAGGCCCAGGUGGCCCUUUUCCCUUCCUCGGAGGAGAUGCUGGCUGCCGUUCAAGGCCCCGGAGCCCAGCAGCAGCAGAGCGGGGGGCUCUUCCAGCAGAGUGGGGAGCAGAUGCUCUCUCUCCAGGCGGGCAGCUUCUUGUCCCCGGCUGCCCACUCCCAGCCUCAGCUGUUCCACUCUCAGAGCCCCAUCGGGGACGCCCAGAGCAUCUCUCAGGAGGCCCCCGGUUCUCUUUUCCACAGCCAGAACGCUGCCUCCUCUUCUGAACAGCUGCAGCAGCCCAUGUUCCACUCCCAGGGGAGCCUCGGGGUGGUUCCGGACCAGCAGGGAGGCAGCCUGUUUCUCUCCCAGAAUGCGCAGGAGGAGCAGAUGCCGUUCUUCGCCACACAAAGCUCUCUCUCUCCCUUGCCAGGCCCGGCCAGGGCUGAGCAGCAGCCCUCCUUCCAGCAGCCCCACCUCCAAGGGCCUCUGCUCGCCCAGGAGCAGCACCAGCCGACACAUCAGGGCCUCUUCCAGGCCCAAGUAACUCUGGCCCCCCUCCCUCCCUCUGGGGUGCCUCCCAACCAGCAGGGGGGCAUUUUCCAAGCCCAGCAUUCACUUGUGGCUCUUCAAAACAGUGCCUCCGCCCAGGAGCAGCAGAAGCAGCAGCAGCAAAGCCUGCGGUUCAGCAGCCAGAACCCCAUGAGCUCCGUGGCCUCCCAGAAGCCAACGCUGCUCUUCAGCUCCAGCCCCAGCACGAUGGCCAGUCAGGAGCAGCAGCAGCAGAGCCAGCCUCUCUUCCACCCGCAGAGGGCCCAAGAGCAGCAGCAGCAGCAGCAGCCCAUGCAGUUCCAGAGCCAGGGUUCAGGCUCCACCCAAGCUGAGCCACCACAACCGCCGCCAGGUUUAUUCCAUGGCUCCCCCCAGAUGCAGCUGGGAUCCCCCAGUGCUCAGGAGCAGCCAGUCACCCUCUUCCUAUCAUCGGCUUCCAUGUCUGCCUUGCAGAGCAACAUGGGCCAACAGGAGUUGCAGCAACCCCCUCUGUAUCCCUCCCAGAGCAGCCUGCCAAACAUGCAGGACUCUUCGUCGCCCCCCCAGCAGCAGCAGCAGCAGCAGCAGGCAGCCUCUUUGUUUCACAAUGCAUCUGCGGGAAGCUCCCUCAGCCAGCUGCAGAACUCCUCCGCUUCAUCCCCCCAGACCUCCGGGAUGUUCCUCUUUGGCAUCCAAGACACAGGUUGUGGCCAGCUGUUAACGUCUGGACCGGGUUCCGUGUCGGAGCAGAUGAUGACCCUCAGCCAAGCACAGAACGAGGUACAGCCGUCUGUCACGGCUCUCCUGUCCCAGCAAAUGUCAGAGAGUCCUCAGAUUUCUUCUGCAAUGACCACCAAUCAGAAUAUGAAGAAGAUUGAUGACCUGCUUGUAUCCCUCCAAAAUCAGGGGAACAAUGCCAUGGCCGGCUCCUUCUAACAAGCGAGAAAUCCUGCACUGGACAGGCUGCAUCUCUGGCCAUUCUGGAGUUUAGCAAAGUAGCAUUCACUCUUCUCUGUUGAAAGAUGGCCGAAAGCAACAUCUUCAUCCUUGCUUUGGAAGAAUCCCACUCUGGAAGUUCUGCUGAAGUGGGGGGCAAAGCUGGGUUUUGUCUUAUCCAGGCAUGGGUUGGACUGUUAUCCCCAUCCCCAGUUCUCAGAGGGAUGUGGAGCAUGGCUGUCACAUGUCAGCACAAGGCAAGAACAAUGGGCUCCCUCUCCCUCCCUCUCCCGUUCCUUUUCUGGUUUCCACGAUCCUUUGGGCACAUUUCCUGUGUCCUCAAUCUUUUGACGGUUCCCCAUGAUUGGUGGCCACGUAUGGAAAUGGCUUCCAUUGAAAACUGUGGCUGGAGAGGCAUGGCACAAGUCUUCUGCGUAUGCUAAGAAUCCCACCCAGGAUCACGUCUUGAUGCUGCACCUGUUCGGGUGGUGACUGUGCAUGUCUGGAUUGGGCUCUGAAGCAGCAGCGGCUCCCGUCAGAGAGAGAGGGGGAGGAGCCCCUGGGGUGGGGGCACAAGGAGGGCCCUGCAGGGCAGGCACCCUCGGAUCGGGGCUGUAGCUUGCUGAGAGCCGGGCGCAAGGGACCUCAGUGCUCGGCUGUUCCCCCUUGGCAGUUGCUGGUCUAAGGAACUCGUUUCGGAGUCUGCUUUGUCUCCCUGGAGUUUCCACCCUCCUAUUUAAAUAUUCUGUCAUAUACAGAAUUAACUUUCCGGCGGACUAGAAAAGCAGAAAACAAAUAUUUGUGGUGAAUACAUGGCAGGAUUUAAGGAAGAAAGAGUAGAGUUUAGGUUGUUUUCGACACAGUUGCCGGGAGAUGGAGGCUCCAUGCUGGGAACAUGGAGCUCCAUUUUGAGCUCCAGGGCAGGGGAGCAGCCUCGCUCCUGUCAGAGGCCUUUGCGAAAAGGCCAGUGCGCAGGCUCUCCUGGGCUCCACCGCCUGCAGCCGCCUCCAGGCCUCUUGCGCGGGGCGUCUGCCACUCCAGAGUGGCCCUGGGCGGCUCCCGCUGACCUCUCGGCUGUUUGUCUUCUGGGCUGAGAAGAAGGCCGCUUGUCUCCCUCGUGCGCCUGUUCUUUCUCAUGCUGUGCCAGUCCGUCUCUUCUGUUAGUGGUCCGUGUGUUCAGUCCCAAGAGGUUUGGGUAUCGUUUUCAGUAGUACAGGCUCUUUUGCCAAUAUGAAGGGAACUUUUCAGAAAGAGGCCUCCUCGAGGUCAUUUAAUUUUGAAUACAGUUUUCAGUCGUUCAAGUUUUGGAUGGUUUAUAUCUAAUGUGUGUUUCAUUUUUUGGAAAGCUCUAUUUUGUAUUUAGUAAAUGAUAAACUAUUUUGCUAUUUGUACUAGAUGAGUACAUUGGCACACACACACACACACACACACAUAUAUAUAUAUAAUAUAAUAUAUAUAUUAUACACACAUACAUUCACACACAUAUAUUCUUCUUGCCACAGAUUUUUUGUGGCAAAUGUGUGAGUUUAUAGUCUCUUCUCCCACCACAUGGCAUCUGGUUAUGGGGGAAAGGGGACAGGUUUGUUUAAUCUUCAUGGAGUAUUUCUGUAACUUUUGUGUCAGGUGUUCCUUCUUUGUCUGGCCAUUCCAUCAGUGCUGGCUGGCCAUGAAGGCAGCUUCACCCCCAAGGGAUGGCCCUCCUGCUGUGGGGGGCUCAGCAGGGGAGUCCCUUGGGGUGACUUCUUAAAAGCUGGGAUUUGAUUCCACUUUUAUUCUCUGUUAAUGUCUAACAUUUUUGCUGGCUUUUUAAUUUAUAACACUAAUGCUCUCUGCUUUCCCUCUUUUGUAAAUCCUAUAGAUUCCUUGAACCUAACUCUGAUGCUGAGAAAGAGAGAUGCACACAUGCGGAGGGAAUUAUGGGGAGGUGGAAAGGAGAGUGCAAAAGUCCCCAAGCCAGUUUACUUGUUUUGUGUGUGUGUGGGGAGGAAACGUAUCACAGUCUGAGGUCAGCUCCUUGUUAAGAGGUCUCCCGUCCUCUCUGAAGCGGGGGGGGGGGGAUGAGGAGGGGCCGUCUGGUGAGCCGCUUGGGGCCAAUGCUGAGAUACCUGGGACCAAUCCUUCAUUGAACUGAGGUUCUGCCCAGAUCCCCAGGGAGCUGCUGAUCCUCCUUGCCACUUCUUGUGACAUCAGCAUCUGCUGCUCGUUCAAAAUGGUGAAACUGAUAAUUUUGUUGGUUGGUUUUUACUUUUCCUUGGUCCAGUUUAGGUCAAUAUUUAAAUGUGCAACAUUUUGAAUAUGUGAUUUGGUUACCAAAUGUAUCUUUUUGGAUCAAAGGGGCUGCUCAGUAGCUGGCAGAGGCUGGUCCUACAUCUUUGCUCCUGCUUUCUGUGGGCAAAGGGGGCGGAGUAAGGAGAGCUUCCCUUGGCAACCCCUCCUGCACCUGGCUGCUUCAGCAACCCUGCAAAGGCUGCAUUCCCCACCUGGCUGUUUUCAGGGCACAAGGAAUGUGAGAGACCCUGAAGAAGGCCAUCGUAGGAGAAGGACCCAUCUCUUCCUGUGGGAGAGGGUCCCUGCCUUUUAUGCUAAAGCAGAGAUUAUGGGAUUCGUUUGUAGAAUCAAGUCAAGGUCCAUGGAUACAAGCCCCAGGAAGAAGAUUACAGUUUAAAAGAAAGUCUUUUCAAAUACAGCGUCAGGGUUCUGGCGGCCCAGUGUAAAAGAUGGCUUCCAGGUCUGACACAUCCCCUUUAUUAAAGUUUAUAUUAAGAAUUUUCCCAUACAGGUAGUCCUUGAUUUACAUCCUUUCUUUUAGUGACCAAAGUUACAACAACACUGAAAAAAGUGAUUUACAACGGAUCCUCACACUUACCGUGGUCACGUGAUCAAAAUCCCAGCACUGGCAACUGGCGUGUGGAGCUGCUGGUUCCAGUAUCCCGGGGUGGAGGGACGGCCGUUCGAGAUCUGACAAGCAGCGUCAGUGCGGGAAGACAGGUUCAGUUAACAACUGUGUGAUUGGCUCCACAACCACGGCAGAAACGUUGGUAAAAUUGGGUGUGAUUCACUUAACAGUUGCCAUUCUUGGCAAUGAAAAUUCUAGCCUCAGUUGUGGUCGUAAAUUGAGGACUACCU